AUGAGCUUCGCAGGGAUGCUGCACCGGCUUCACGGCCAACCGGAGAGCUACGAAAAGAAAUCGAAAUACAGAUUUGGCAGAACUCUCGGUGCUGGUACCUAUGGUGUUGUUCGCGAGGCCGACGGUCCAACGGGGAAGGUGGCAGUCAAGAUUAUCCUCAAGAAGAAUGUCAGGGGCAACGAGAAGAUGGUUUACGACGAGCUGGACAUGCUGCAGAGAUUAAAACACCCCCAUAUCGUUCAAUUUGUCGAUUGGUUCGAGUCGCGGGACAAGUUUUAUAUUGUCACGCAACUGGCAACCGGAGGAGAGCUUUUCGAUCGAAUCUGCGACCAAGGAAAAUUCACAGAGAAAGAUGCGUCGCAGACUAUCAAACAAGUCAUGACGGCCGUCGACUACCUUCACGAUAAUGAUGUUGUUCACAGAGAUCUCAAGCCGGAAAACUUGCUGUACCUGACGCGCGAGCCUGAUUCCAACCUUAUCCUUGCCGACUUUGGCAUUGCCAAGACUCUGGACAGCAAAGAAGAGACUCUGAAGACCAUGGCUGGUUCUUUCGGCUACGCUGCGCCCGAGGUGAUGGAACAGAAAGGACACGGAAAGCCAGUCGAUAUGUGGUCCAUGGGUGUCAUCACAUACACGCUACUCUGCGGGUACUCGCCCUUCCGCAGCGAGAAUUUGCGGGAUCUUUUGCAUGAAUGCACCGCCAACCCGGUUCCCUUCCACGAAAGAUUUUGGAAAGACGUGAGCCAAGACGCCAAGGACUUUAUCCUCGGGCUCAUUGUUCCGGACCCUCAGAAGCGCUGGACCAGCAAAGAAGCACUCGGCCACAUCUGGCUAAGCGGCAAGACCGCCACAGACCACGACUUGCUUCCCGAGCUCGAAGCCUACCGAAGAAGAUCACGCCUCCGCCGCGCCAUCGAGAUCGUCAAGCUCCAGAACCGCAUCCAGAAACUCAAGGAGCACGAAGAGGACCCCGCCAACUCGGACAUGGGCGAUGCCGCCGCAACCGGGUCUGGGGACUCCAAAGCCUACGGCUCCAGAUUGCAUGCCCUGGGGCUGUUUGCUCUGCGGGAGACCCAGCAGAAGCACCAUGACAUGCAGGUCGAGGAGAAGCUGGAAAAGGAAGGCAGGCGGCGCAGCUUCGACAACGCGUAG